UUGCUUUCACAUUCAUAACAUGUUAAGCCAACCUCUCUCUUUCUCAUUCACUUUGAGUUUGACCCGUCGCCAGCCACCGGCAACUACUCUUUUCUCUACUCCAAUGGCUGUCCCACCCCGCACUCUCUAGAGAGGAUCUUCUUAGUGGAAACAUUUGUUAGAUCAUAAGAGAUAGCCUGCCCCCCCCUUUCUUCUCUUUCUUCCUCCUUUUUAGAGCUAAAAGAAAAGCUUAAAAUAACCCUUUCCUUUCUUUUCUUUUCCUUUCUCUUUUUUCCUCUUCCAAAAACAAAAACCCUAAUUCAGAUCAUAUAGGAGAAGAGGUACGAGCAAGAUGAAGAACUUUCUUUUUUCAUAGAAAGUAGUUUUCAAAGAGGAUCGAUCGAUAUCAAAGGAAGCUUUUAACUUUUAAAGAUAUGGUAACUUUUUAGAAGGAUGUAUAUAUCUUUUUUAAUUUCCUUCCUUUCUUUGGGUCUUUUCCUUUUUACAGUGUUUCAUAAUUGCUAUUUUUGAGCUAAAUGGUUAGAUUAUCGCUUUGUUUCUGUUAUUUGGAACUGUGGAACUAUCAACGAUAGCUAUUCUCUUCAACCCUUUGCAGGGUUUUCAUUAUACUUUUUGAAAGCUUUUGCUAUGGAUUCUGGUAAUAGUAGUAGUUUACAAUCUUCAAGUGGUGGUGAUGAUGAAGAAUAUGACUCACGGCCUGAGUCAGUCCCAGCUUUUUUGAACACUUCAGGCCAUUUUAGUGCCUUAUCAAAUCCACAUCCAUCACUUGGCUCGCACCACCAACAUCACCCAUCGCCCACUUUCUUUGAUCCUUCACCUAAUUAUCUCAACCCUUUCUCUCAAUCUCAAUUGUUAAACUUUGAUGGGAUAAGGCCUCGAGGAAGUUUAAGAUCCGACCCCAACUGCACUGACCUUGGUACCCUACCGGGAUCUUCUUCAUCGAACCAGUCUAUGCUGGGUUCACAGACACAAGAGCUCAACCGUGGCUCGUUCCCAAGCUCAUCAGCCCAUGGCAACAAUGGUGUACGAUCAUCGAAACCUGAUCAGCCGACAAGCGUUGCAAAGAAUCCCAAGAAGCGAACAAGGGCAUCAAGGAGAGCACCCACUACAGUUCUGACCACCGACACAACGAAUUUUCGAGCAAUGGUGCAAGAAUUCACUGGAAUCCCUGCACCACCAUUUUCGGGUUCAUCAUCAUAUUCUCGAAGGCUCGACCUUUUUGGCUCUGGCUCAAGUAUACGGUCCGGUCAUUUGGAACCUUUAGGUUCUCUCUACCCUUUACGCCCUUCAGCUAAAAGAGUUCAGCCAACUCCAUUUGUAUCCUCCUCAUCUUCUCCUUCAUUGCUAAAUGACCCUUUAGUUGAUGCUUCUAAUAUUACCAAUACAAGUACCAAUACCACCAUUGCUACAACCAAUGCUUUCAACCCAAGUACCUAUCAGAACAUAUUAAACUUGCAAAACCAGAGCCCGGUCCUACCUUUCCAGUCCUUCUUAGACCCUUCUCCUCUUAACCCAUCACUUAAUUUGCCUGGCUUCGGUGUAAAGUCCCAUGGAAGUUCAGCCAUGGAUUCCCUUGAUGAACUGGGGUUGAGCCAUGGUCAAGUCAAUGCCAACCUUGGUGGCUUACACAGUCAUGAUGUCGCACCAGAUGGGGCACGCCAUGGAAACUGGAGAGAUGGGGUUGGACUAAACCAAGGGAACCAAGACCAUUUGAGGGCAUUAGAUUGGAAUUAUGGGAAUAAUGAUCAUAACAAUUCACAUGAAAAAGGGUUGGAGAACGUUUCAUCUAGAGCUGAAGAAAAUUAUCAUGCAGAACAACUAUACAAAGUUUAAUGUGGAGAGGGUUUUGCAUCAGUAAUCAUAUUCUCUCUUUCUCUUUCUCGUUUUCUUUUCUUUUCUUUUUAAUUUAUUAUUUUUCUUUAUGUUCAUUUAGAAAUAAAUGAGAAAUUUAAUUAACCACAUAUAUAUAUUACUUCCUUUAUGCUGUGCUCAUAUAUAUACAUAGGUUGUCUUUUAUUGGAAUGAAACACUUGCAGUGGUACAA